GACGUGGACGGGAUGAUCGACAACGAGGUGGCUUCCACAUUGCUCAGUACUGGAAGGGAGUCCAUGGAGUUCACCGGGUCCAAGAUGUGCGUGUGCGCGAACGACGAGUCCGUAGAUCGGGCAGACGUCGCCAAGGGCGUCAUUGCUGAUUUUCAGAUUGGCAGGUUCGCAGAGGCGUCUUGGGACUGA